CGAGAGAGCGUUCGACUCGAGCUUGAAUCCUUUUUGUUGACAACAAACGCAAGUUGCCAUUACAUUCAACUGUACUGAUACACAGUACAUGUCACACCGGAUCUAAGACAAAGGCCUGGAUCUAGAAGACUCGUCUAGUGAUACGUCUAUCGGAAAUUGGCUAGACUCUGCACUGCAUGUGUUUUGCUACAACUAUGAAUGCAAAUCCCAUCGUCAACCGUGAAAGAAGUGCAUCAACGGAUGAGAACGGAAGAGAAAAUUCUACAGCAAAAGCCUGCAGACUAGGCUAUUGUUCAAAGCAUCUCGUACUAGUAGUACAUGGCAUUGGUCACGGUCUCGACAAAGAUGCCAACAUGGAUAAAACUCUGAAGUUGCAAGAUGCGCUUCAAAAAGCAAGGAAAAACAAAAGAAUGAAGGAAGAAGAGUACGUAAUGGAGAUUCGAGCUGUAGAUUGGCGAAAUAAACUACCAUUGGAAGACGAAGCUUUGCAGAAAUGUGCUAUUGGUGAGAAAAUUCCAUAUUUAAGAGACGCAGUAAACCUUGGAUUGAGUGACGUCCUCUACUAUCAAGAUCCUGUUCAUGCCAAAUCAAUUGUCACUCAAGUUUCGCGUGAGAUGAACAUGCAGUACAAAGAAUUUCUUGACGAAGAGAAGCUGACGUCUUGUCCAGUGUCAGUGUUAGCUCAUUCUCUGGGGAGUGUCAUUGUCUAUGACAUCUUGACGGCUCAGUCUGAUGACUUUCCAUGUCAACUGAGAGGAUCAGCACCAACACCAGUUGCUAGUGACAAGUUACAAUUUACAGUUGACAAUUUUUUUGCCAUUGGUUCUCCUCUUGGAUUGUUCUUGACGAUCAGAGGUGUUGCUACCGACCGUUAUUGUAAAAGAAAUGGCGUCGAGUCACGUGUGUUCUCCUCGAUUCCGCGGACAGUCUGCAGACAUAUGCACAACAUCUUUCAUCCCGAAGAUGCCAUAGCUUACAAGUGGGAUACCUUGGAACCAACUCAGGAUACAACAGACAAUCCAGGAAUGGAUUCUGAAGGAUAUGACAUUAAGCUGGCUGAAACCCAAGAAAGUCUUCUAGAGAAAGUGGGAAAAGUACUCCCCCGCGAUGCACCGAAAUUGCUAGAUCUCGCAAGAGCUCGGAAAGCUUCCAAGUUCUACUGGAAGUCGACAAAACUUAUGGAGACGGUCUUGGAUAAAGUCUUCGAUAUAAAGUGAACACACUAACACCCAUAAACAAAUUGUCAAUUUGCUUCCAAAAAGAUAGACUGCACUGCGAUUGUUUAAUAGUUGCUAUGCACGAUGUAGCUCAAGCUAGAAAUGCCGUUGCAAUCGAUAGUGAUAGCAUUGCUGUCUGCGAAGAUGAUCUGUCUUGUUUGUUUGACGGAGUAGAUCCUGUCCAAUACUCAGAA